CGUGCUCGCCCGAGGUAAAAGCGGCGUUCGCCCCCUCGCUCUUCAGAGGAGCCGCGCGAGCGAGGAAGUGAGGAGCGGUCGCCGCGAAACGAGCCUGUCCGGCGCGCCCGCCCGCCCACCCACCGACCGACCGACCGACCACCGACCGACCAUGAACGACCGCGAGCAGCUGCUGCAGCGAGCCCGCCUCGCCGAGCAGGCGGAGAGAUACGACGACAUGGCUGCGGCCAUGAAAGCGGUGACUGAGCUGAAUGAGUCCCUUUCAAAUGAAGACAGAAACUUGUUGUCUGUUGCAUACAAGAAUGUGGUUGGUGCCAGGCGAUCUUCCUGGCGAGUUAUCAGCAGCAUAGAGCAGAAAACAGUGGCUGACGGGAAUGAGAAGAAGCUGGAGAAGGUGAGAGCCUACAGGGAGAAGAUCGAGAAGGAGCUCGAGUCAGUUUGCAAUGAUGUCUUGACCCUCUUAGAUAAGUUCUUAAUCAAGAACUGCACUGACAUUCAAUAUGAAAGCAAAGUCUUUUAUUUGAAAAUGAAAGGUGAUUACUACCGCUAUUUGGCAGAAGUUGCUACAGGUGAGAAGAAGAACAAUGUUGUGGAAGCUUCGGAGGCUGCUUACAAAGAAGCCUUUGAAAUCAGCAAAGAGCACAUGCAGCCCACCCACCCAAUCAGGCUUGGGUUGGCCCUCAACUUCUCAGUGUUCUACUAUGAAAUCCAGAAUGCUCCUGAGCAGGCCUGCCUUCUAGCCAAACAAGCCUUUGAUGAUGCCAUAGCAGAGCUGGACACACUCAACGAGGAUUCCUACAAGGACUCCACCCUUAUCAUGCAGCUCCUUCGAGACAACCUCACUCUCUGGACGAGUGACCAGCAGGAUGAGGAAGCGGGAGAGGGCAACAACUGAAGAGCUGGUCGUGCUGCGGCUGUCCAUCGACUGUCACCUCAUCCCACUCCUCGCAUUUCUUUGCCACAACCCCACAAGUGCUUCGUGCUCUGUGCAUCUGUAGCGUUGGUGCAGCCGUGAGGUCUGCCGGGUGCUGCGUCCAGUGGGCUCCAUGGGCAUUGCUGGGCUGGAUGGCGCAUCAGCCUGUUUGCCACCAUGGCGUAUCAGUUGUGCAGGAAGAAAUGUACCAUGAGGCAUUUUAGUUUCAUUCAGUUAAUACCCAGAUUCAUAAAGUAACAAAGUGAGGAGAAUUGAUCAGAAAUUACAUCUUUAAAUUUUCCAUUCGGAAGAAAGGGAGUAUGACAGUUCAGUAGUGGUGCUUGUAAUGCAAAACAAAGAUACUAAUCUUAAUGGAAAGAAUAUAAGGAGGUGUGAGCUGAUUUUGUCUUACUUAAUAACUUUAAAAUGUGAGGUUCUGUAAUGCUCUUUGUUUUGCCUCUUAUGGGUACAGACAGGCAGAAGCAUACUGAGGUUUUGAUUUUGCUACCUGCCAAGUUCCCCAGUCCUCCUGGUUUUGGCAAAUCAUGAUUCCUCCUUUUUUAAAUUCUUUAACUGUUCAAUUGGCUGCAUUAUGACAGCAAUGUGUCAAUGUUAGCCCAUGUUAAGAUGGAUGAUAAUGAAAUGCCAGACUUCUAAAUUAAGUGUUUGAAUUAAAAAAAAAAUAAACUGCUGCUUUGGGGAGAUAAACUA